AAAACCUGAUGCAGAAAAAAAAUUUAGGUGGAGAUAAUUCGAACGAAGUAUUUGGUGGGACUUGACAUAUAAAUUGAUAUUUCAGAUUUUUCCAAUGCCCGCACUGAGCCAAAGACAGAAAUUCAGAAUUAUAGUCGGCCGAGUUCAUGAACGUUGAUCGAAUAAAAUAUAAACAAACCGCAAAACAGGUGGAUCUACCGCGACAAAACUUUAUUGCGUUGAUGCGUUGUUGAUCUUGUUGAUUCAGACUCCAGGGACUCCGCAGCGACGUUUUAGUGCGCGUGGCAUUUAUAUUCUGACACUUGUCAAACAAUCCGGAAAAGUGAGGUUGGGGUCGCAUUCUUAUUCGUCGUAUUUUUUUGUAUCGUAUAAAACUAUUAGCGUUGUUAGUUAUUAAAAAGUGAAUUAAUGGAGGGCGACCUGAUCGGGAAGGUGAACGAUGAUUCACAAUUCAUAUCGUUUCAAGAUUUUUCACCGAUUAAUCGGUCAGGAGGAACUGGUCAAGCUCAGCUUGACAUCAAUUCCCCGAAUCAGCAACAGAAUUUUGGCAACCUCGGCAAUGAUUCCACGGGAAUUGGGAUUAUUGACGAACUGGAGAAUUUGCCAAGUGUGAAAAAUGAUGAUACACCAAGGAAUUUUUGGACGAUAGAAUACUAUCAGAAAUUUUUCAACGUCGAUACAAAUGUAGUUGUGCAGCGUAUAACAAGGUCGAUGAUACCUCAUGCAUCGGACAAUUAUUUGAUAUCUCAAAUCCGACCGAACCCAGAUCUUUAUGGACCAUUUUGGAUUUGUGUCACUUUGAUCUUUGCCAUAGCUAUCAGUGGAAAUAUGGCUGAUUAUCUUCAGUCAGCAAAUUCUAGAACAUUUCAUUGGAAAUACGAUUUUCAUCUCGUAUCUUACGCCGCUACCUGCAUUUUUUUAUACGCUUGGUUGCUACCUAUUAUUCUUUGGGGAGUUCUCAAAUGGAACAAUGGUUCUGAAAAUUCAGACGAUGAAUUGAUCGAAUCAAGAGCCCCUGGAAUGUUGGAGCUUCUCUGUCUUUAUGGAUACUCUCUUGCAAUAUAUAUACCAAUAGCAUUUCUGUGGACCAUACAAAUAACUUGGCUACAGUGGUCGUUGGUUUGCAUUGCGACAUUACUUUCUGGCGGAGUAUUGCUUCAAUCUUUGCUGCCGAUUAUUUCCGGCAAGCAAAAGCCCAUCUUCGUAGCUGUAAUAUUGGGAAUGCACCUUUUGCUGGCGGCCGGUUUCAAGCUGUACUUUUUCCACGAUCGUUCAAAAAGUUUACCCACUCCAGAAGUAAUUACUGUCGCAACAACUCAGAUCGUGGAAGACGUGAAAAAAGUAGCGGCAAAUUUACCGCCGUCAAAUCACACGUAAUAUUAAUUUUUUCGUCUUCCAACACUGACUCUGAAAGUGAAUUAACGCGAACACGAGUCCGCUGUCAUCUCGCAAUUGCUGUUCUUUCCUUUUUUUGCUAUUAUCCAAAAUAAACGUAUUUGUUUUGUAAAAUGCACGACGAAUGGGUGAAAUUAUUGAAAUAAAUCGUAAUCACGGAGAAAAAA